AUAUAAUAUCGUUAGCUAAUCAGAGAGGAGCAAUGAAAUUCAGGGCUUUCAGAUCAAAGCGAGCUGCGAGAACUUUGAAGAUAGGAAAAACUGAAUGACUACCGAGAACCCACUGACUGCCAUCGAUGCAAAAUGAUUGAAUUCAAUAUGGGGCUGGCACUUAACAUCCAUCAAAACACUAAACGAGGAGUAUUUAGAACGGCGGCAGCAGCGGCAACCAGUUGUUGCCGGUUGCAUGUUGUUGCCGGUUGACAUAUGAGCAGCAGCAACAUCAGUUGCAGCAGCAACAGCGGCAGCAGCAACAAAGAAGAAAGGAACUUUUGCCGCCACACCAAAGUCCGGUGUUUUUCGAUGAGAGCGGCUACUACACAGAAAUCCUGGGCAACUGGGCAGAGACCUAACAAGCUGCAGAAGCGGCCCAGAAUUAUGUAACAACCGCACUGGCAGUGGCCCGCAAAUUUGCAAGUCAAGAGUCACUGGAGAUGUCACUCUGCGCGGAUGGACAACUCGGCGACAGCUGAGCAAAGCGACCGCCGUCGCCUGGACUUCUUGGUUCAUCGUUUUCAGCGUCCGUUCGCCCGUUUGGUUGUUGAACUUAAUCCCAGCAUGAUGGUGCAACAUUCAGCGAGGGUCCGUUGUCCUGGCAAGGUUGUUAUGGACGCACAUCGUCACUUGUUUGUUUGUUGUGGCAAACACAGCGGAUCUCAACCGGAUUAAACAGUAAGCAAGCAAAAGCGCUAGACCAUCAACAUUUGCCCUCCGAGAACCGAAAACCACCGAAGAUGAUCUCACGACGCGACAAAUUGCUGCAGCAGCCGUGGGAGCAACUGCGGUACGCCCAGCACCGCGAGAAGGUCAUGUCCGCCCGCCCAGCCAUUGACACCCACUCGCCGCGCGCCCACGAACACGUGCAGCGCAAGUGGAAGAAGCAGCAAGUGGAGCGGGAGCGCCAGCAGCAGAUCGAGCGGGAGAACCUAAGACUCCUCCAGAAACUGGGCGACAUCAUGCGCACCAAGCGCAUCAACAAUCUCUGGCUGGAGCCGCGGCCCAAUUUUCUUAACCGCGAGAAGCUUUUUGCCACCCGUCCGUACUCCAGCCUCCCGGAAGUGGUCACCAUUUACGGAAAACAACCGCCGGGACCACUUAUCUAUGGCAUGCUGCCCAAACCGGCGGUUGUGGGUCGGUGUCCCACCUGCAGCGGCAAUCCGGAGCGCACCGAGGUGGCCAUACCCGAGCAGCGAACUCCUUGGGCGCCCGAGAGAAAGUCCUGGAACCGGAAGACCCAGGAGCAAGUAAAGCCGCAUCGAUGCUACCACUGCGGAUCUGUAAAGACCAGCGAACGCAAGUACUUCGAGGAAUUCUCCUACUCUUACUCCUACGACGAAUGAUGUAGAUCGUGGUUCGUGGGUCAAAUAAAAGUAAAUUCAAGUUU